ACGUAUCCUCUAUUGUGCGACCAUAAUAUAUUAUUCUAUCGUUAUUAUUAUUUUAAAGCACGCAGAGUGCAGUUUAAAAACGUUCUCACACGGUCCCAUUGAAAAUCAUCACGUGCGUGUAUCGUGCAUUAUAUCAUUAUUAUAAUGCUGUAGCGAAUAGGAGUUCAAAAACCUUUUGUCGCCGCACCACUAUACAACAGAGGUCGCGACAAGUCGUACGCGGGGGCUUCGCCGACUAGUUUUUCGUCUUCCAUCCGAGGCGAGUAUACCUAUACCUAACUAUAAUACGUGCUCGAAGACCCGGUCCAUUCGUAAUCUGCUCGCCUUUUACCAACCAUGGUUCUGCACGCUCCGACCGCUACCGCCGCUGCGCUUGUUCUAUUCGUGGGCCUAGCCCUUGGACAGCAACAGAACAACCGCGAAUUUCAGUGUCCCCAGAAACCAGGGUUCUACCCGGACCAGAUACAAUGCGAUCUGUACUACCACUGCUCCGUUGACGGCGAACUAACUGAAAAACUCUGCCCCGAUGGACUGCUGUUCGAUGAUAGCAACCCGAGUCAUGAGAAAUGCGAUACGUCAGUAAACGUGGACUGCGGCCAAAGGACCGUUCAGCAGGAACCGAAACCUUCUAAAGGAUGUCCCCGGGCCAACGGCUACUACAGGCAUUGGGACGAGGGUGUCUGUGAAAAGUUCGUCAAUUGCGUGGACGGCGUGGCCAAUGAGAUGCCGUGUCCUCCCGGUCUAAUAUACGAUGAUUCCAUAAGUUCAUGCACCUGGUCGGCAGACAGCAAGAGGCAAUGCAUUACGACUAAAAAAGAGGCUCUUACCGACGGUUUCUCUUGCCCAGACGGUGACGUGGUCGGUCCUAAUGGCAGAAUCUUACCACAUCCUACAUUCGCGCACCCCGACGACUGUCAGAAGUUCUACAUAUGCCGGAACGGUGUCAUCCCGCAGUACGGAAGCUGCUCCGCCGGUACAGUGUACAACGACGUGUCGUUCAAAUGCGACGAACCGGAAAACGUACCCGGAUGGUGAGUAAUGAUGAUGUUG